ACACUCCACCCGCUUCUUCUUAAGACCGGUUAGACAGGAGAUGCUGUAAUUUCGUCAGUUCCAAGCUUGCCUCCGGAGUUUAAGGAAGUAAGAGUUUUCCAACACGGUCUGAACCAAUUAGGCUACAAAGUUCAACAGCUUUAGAUUUAUAGAUUUAAACAGUUCAAUGUAGCCUUUCAACGUUAUUCGCGAACGUGGGUGAUACCGCGACUGUUUCAGAGCAUUUACACAAAGGUCCACGGCCCACUGGCAUGAUGAGAAGAAACAUUGCAACAGAUCUCAUCCUCUCCAUUGUAUUCAGUGUAGUGACAAAUACCAUUUGUGUCACGCCCCCAGGAAAACCCAAGAUCACAAGCUGUCGCUCCCCAGAGAAAGAAACCUUCACCUGCUGGUGGGAACCUGGCUAUGAUGGUGGCCUGCAUACCACUCAUGCCCUUUACUAUAGCUUGGAGAACUCGGCGGAAGUCCAUGAAUGUCGAGACUAUCAUACAGCAGGGCCAAAUUCGUGCUACUUCGAUAAGAAUGCCACCAGCAUAUGGGUAAACUACAACAUCACUGUGGUGGCUACCAACAGAUUGGGCUCCAACUACUCGGAUUCUGUGGACGUGGACGUAGUCUAUAUAGUUCAGCCCCAUACUCCAGAGAAUGUGACUGUACUGGUGAAGGAUGACGAGCAGGGUCCUUACCUACGGGUCUCUUGGGAGAAGCCGCGCAACGCAGACACCGGUUCUGGCUGGAUCACCCUCAUUUAUCAGCUGCGCGUCAAACUGAAGAAUCAGGACGGGUGGGAGGAGCAUGAUGCCGGGCAACAGAAGACAUUCAAUCUGUUUACCCCUCACUCUGGAGGGACCUACAUGGUGCAAGUUCGCUGCAAACCUGAUCAUGGUUUGUGGAGUGAAUGGAGUACAACAUCCUAUGUCCAAGUACCUGAUUAUAUCUCCAAGGAACGAUCCAUGUGGAUUGCGAUAGCUGUUUUUACUGUGUUCGUCUUCAUCAUUCUCAUUUGGACCCUGAAUUUAAAGAGAAGCAGUGUGAAGCACUAUUUUCUGCCUCCUGUUCCCGGACCAAAAAUCAUAGGGAUUGAUAAAAACCUCCUCAAGAAUGGGAAAUCUGAGGAUGUGUUCAAUGCUCUGGUCAUUCCGGGCUUUCCUCCUUCAGACUACGAGGAUCUGCUGGUGGAAUACCUGGAGGUUUAUGAUCAUGAAGACCAGGAGCUGAUGCUGGAUGGGAAGGAUCUCCAGGAGGGAUGCCUGAAGUUGAAAAGCUCCUCGGACAACGACUCAGGGAGGGGAAGUUGUGACAGUCACACUCUGCUGAUGGAGAAAUGUGGAGUGGCCAAAGAGGAGCGGACUCUGGAGUCCCCACAGCAGGAGGUGGAUGCAGAAACACAGCCCACAGCCUCACCUCAGCCUGAAGAUGCUCAACCCAGCGCCUGGCCGAUGAUGCUGGCUCUUGAUCAGCCCUACCAGCUUGACUCACCCUCCAAGAGUCUCUCCGAUGUGUUUAUUUCACCCCCGGUGUCUCCCCUGCCGAAGUACACCACAGGCCUCACGCACAAGAAAGUCCCUCAUGAGCCAAGCACUAAUGGCUUAGAGGGUGAAGGAGAUGGCGUGGUCUCCUCUCCCAGGACCAUGGAGUACGUGGAAGUCCAGAAGGUCGACCAGCAGAAUGUGCUGCUCCUCAGGCUUCUAGCUGAAAAGAACCUGGAUUCCCACACCACCUCUGUGGAGAUGCCUGGGGAGGACUACAGCAAGGUCAAAGGUGUGACCAGUAACAAUGUCCUGCUGCUUCAGCAAGAGGUGUCCUCCCAGUACCUCAGUGACCAGGAAGAAACAUGCCUCAUCAUGCAGCAAACCCAGUUGGGGAAGCCAGUUGUCCAUCAUCCCCCUACUGUGGUUUCUGGUGGCAUGCAGUUGACUGCCAAUGGCUAUGUGGACACUGUCACUUACUGACUAGCGUCACUUCAGACUGAAAGAUAUACUGAACGAAAAACAGAUAGACUACACAGAACUUUCAGGGGUAUGGAAGAAAAACUGUACUUUUUCUGAAAGAAAAUACGAUUGGGGAAAAAAAAGAGUAAGAGUGACAGUCAAUCCAGUGAUGUCACACACUGAUUUCUCACCAGCUAAUAUGAACAUUUACUGUAUGUUGGCUGGCAAACUUGGCUGUGUUUUUGUUAUUUUGGGGUUUUAGCCCAAAAAUAUUGGAUACCCUUUGUUCAAUACAGCACUGGAAAUGUGGUCUCUUUGAAUGUGAUGCUCCAUGAACUGCACAUGCAUACAGGCUGCUUGGAGUUGAAAGACCCCUGUUGUGUACUGAAAUCGUUUUAGUAGAACACUGUUACACUGUAUUCAAUUAAUGGGUUGUUUUAUAAAUGAUGGAUUAAUUGUUGGUGUAGUCCUGCCCUCUUAAACCCCCACUGCCACUCCAGCCCUCUGCUGAUAUGCUUGACCCCAGCUGCUUCAUCGCAGCUUUACUAAAUCUUUAACAUGUGAGUGAUUACUACUGAAGUACACCCUGUCCUUUUAUGUACUCUAUAGAGGUAAUCUGUACUUAAAUAUAAAUCAUUUGUAUUUAACUUGACUCAAAAUCAGUGGUUAAUUGAUGCUGAUUUACCUGCAGAGCGGACCUUCAGAAUACCUGUAGAAAUCUAUCCACAGAUAAUGAACUUAAGCCACUGACUCAUGACCUAUGAGUUAAUAAAGUAGUGUGAAGGUUUUCUGCAAUAACAAAACCUACCAAAGCAACAUUCACAAAUGCAUUCUUAUUUCACUGUUAGUAUGACAGCUGAAUGACCUCUACAUAGCAGUGAACGUGUAGCAGCACUGACUCUAAAGAUGUUUUAUUACUUAAGUCAAUAUAUAAAUUAUAUAAUUGCUACAGUCUUUUAUUUUCCGUACAGAUGUCUAUUGCUGUUAAACUUUAAAUGAACAGGAAAAAAGCUGAUAAUGAAUGUACUGUAUGUAAAGAUUGCACAGUUAAACAUGGAGCCAUAAUUGUGAUUUGGCGUGUAUAUAUGGUUGACUACUCAUAUCCGAAGUGACACUAUUCAAAUCCACUGGUAUGUAUAAAAUAUGUGCCAAUGUGUAUUAGUUGCCUAAGUGUAUUCAUGGACAUUUAAGAACUGUGUAUUUUCGUACAUUGGUUAUAGCCAAAAACUGUUUGGUUUAAGAUCUUGUAAAAAAGUUAUUAAGAAUUUAGAUUUGGUCCUACUUACAGUGUACACUGUGAAUUGUUGUCAGACUAUAUGAGUUUGUGAUGGUGCAUAUUCAUGUGCAUUAGUUAUGAUUACAAGUCGUUGUAUGUCAUAAAUACCCAUUUAAUGGACAAUGUAAGGGUAGAAAAAAAGAUGGAGAAAAGAGCCACUGACAAACCAUCAUGUUGCCUUAUUGUGAACCAGAUGUCACAUGACUUUACAAACCUUUUUUUUUUUUGUUUAGAUGUACAUAAUAGAUAUCAAUCUUUGCUAUACUGUAGGUUAUGUGUUGGUGAAAUUGUUCAACAGAUUAUUGGAGUGGGGAGAAACUGCUUUUACUGUGAUUAGCCAUAACUGCAACAUGCUUAAAAUCCAUCUAAUGUGUUUCUUGUUGUAUGAUAUCACUAAUCGUUUCCUUCAGCCCACUCAUUGGGAAUAAAUAAAUGCGAUAGCCUACAGUUCUCAGUUACGGCCUGAGUUAUGAAUGAAACCGUAUGUGUAAUCUAAAAUGGUCAUGGACAACAACAUACACACAAUAUUGCCUAUUUAUACUGGCAAAUGGAGGAUGAGUUAUAUUUUCCUUACACGGGUGAAUUUAAAAUGGAUGCUUUAUGAAAGCAGAAGCAUCUGCUGGUAGAGGACUGACAGAUUGACAGAUGUGUGGCAUGACGUAUGUUCUGAAACAGAAUAAAAAUUCAAAUCUA